AACUGCAAGUUGAAAGGCGGGAUACCGAAAUUGAAAGAAUGCUUACCGAAUUGUCUUCUUUAAGCUCUCAGUUUCAAACUGCCAUUGCGACCAAGUGCCAAACUCUUGUAAAGAAAUAUUCGCCUCGUAUUCUAUUAAAAAGUCAUUCCAAUUGUGUAAACAGUAUGGAACUUUCUUCGGAUGAAUCCAAGGAGGUAUCACGUUGCAGUUUAUCGGCGCUUCCUAAUGAAAUACUACUAGAAAUAUUAAAAAAUUUAGAUCUGAAGACGUUAUACCUCAUGAGUAAGGUGGAUAAACGCUUCAAAAAUUUAACACAGGACCCUGAACUCUAUACACAUUUGGAUUUAACAUAUAAAUCCAAAAAAUCUAUGUGCCGUGCAUUUUCUUAUUUUACACCUAGAUGUAAAUAUUUGCAACAAUUAGAUCUUACAGAUAGCAAAUUUCGUGUUAAUGGUCUUGUAAACUUUCUUAAUAAUUGUGGCAGGCAUUUAACGCAUUUAUGCUUGAGUGCUUGCCGCAUAUAUGACAUGCCUAAAGUAGGACUAAAGCCUGUCCUACUGUCCCGUGAAAUUUCAAGGGCAUGUAAAAAUUUGAAAGAAUUGGAUCUAAAUCAUUGUUAUUGUGAUUACGACGAAAAUUUUUCGUAUUUCGAGGGGUUACAUAAUUUGGAAUCUAUACAUUUUUCGGGUCUGCCAAUUUCCACGAAACAUGUUUGUAAAAUACUGCAAGAUAAUCCGCGUAUUCGUGAGAUCAAUUUGGGAAGCUGGCUAAACGAUGAAAUUUUGGUAGAGUUUGCAAAGUGUCGUAAUUUGGAAGUAUUACAUACACUGUUCCUCGAACAAGAUGGAGAUGUUACAACUAAGGGUAUUAAUGCUCUCGCUAACUGUAAGAAUUUACAAAAAGUGUCCCUUGAUCUAUGCGAUUACCCAGCGGAUGACAGUUUUUUUAGAUUAUUUUCUUCCUAUCAAAACUUGCAAGAAAUUAGUUUGUACUUUCCUCCCCUCACUAAUCACCGGUUAGAAUUACUAGCGCAGUGCAAAAACUUAAAAUCUUUUGUUCUUCAAAAUACGAAAGAUUAUCCUUGCAAUAAUUAUUAUCUUAUUUUGAAACAAUGUCCUAAAUUGCAGGAGUUUACUCUCUUGCAGUGUGACAUAAAUAAGGAAUUAGUCAAGCAAUGGAAGGAAAGAUAUCCGCAUGUGUCCAUCUAUAUAAACAAUGACUGAUUAUUUAAAUAGUUUUU